AUGGUGUCAUGGAGAUAUAUAGCAGUAUUAUAUGCACAAUAUUUUGGUAUGACAAUAUUAAUUUUAGGAAUAUUAGGUGAUAUUUUAAAUAUAUAUAUUUUUUCAACGGUACGUUCGUAUCGUGAAACACCAGCAACAUUUUAUCUAUUAGGUGCAGUUAUUGCAAAUUUUAUUCAAUUGAUACUUGCAAUAACAACGCGAAUUAUAAAUGUUGGUUUUAAUAAUGAUUUAACAAGUUCAUCUCUUGCUUGGUGUAAAAUUCGUCAAUUUGUUGUUGCAACUUAUCCUAAUAUAGCAUUAACAUGUGAAUGUUUAGCAACUAUAGAUCAAUUUUUAGUAACAUCACGUCAUGUUCGCUUACGACAAUUGAGUAAUAUCAAAAAUGCUCAUCGAAUCGCUGCUGUUUGUGUUGUUAUAUGGCAUCUUCAGGUUACAUUCGGUUUUCUUGCAUAUAAAAAUAUGCGUCAAUUAACUCAUGCUCGUCAAUUACCUGGUGCCGAUCGUCAAUUAGUUAUAAUGGUUUGUUUACAACUUCUUUUUGUUGUUGUUGAAGCAAUACCUUUUGGAAGCUAUAAUACAUAUAUUUUAUUAACGUCAAAUAGAAAAAAAGAUGCUGAACAAAUGGAUAAAGACUUUUUAUUUUUAACUGUAACCAGUUUAUUAGGUAGUUUUAAUUUUGGAAGCAGUUUUUAUAUAUUCCUUAUUGCUUCAAGUCGUUUUCGUCAAAUAGUGCGAGAACGUUUGUUUUGUUUAUGUAAAAAACGAAAUCAAGUUUAUCCUGAAACAAGACUUUCGAUCAUACAUAUAUGA